UAUUGAACAACUUUUUUAUCUUCCCCAUUUACUUUGCACUAUAUAUACAUAUUCCAAUAAGUGCCUAGUCCGUAGAGACAUCUCUCAAAACAGUUUUCUCUGCAAGACUAAUAUAAACAACAACCACACAAAAAAGUCAGAGAAACCAAGAAAGAAAUAGAAAAAUGGGAAGUGUAGAAGGUGGAGAAAAGAAGGCUUUAGGAUGGGCUGCAAGAGAUCCUUCUGGUGUUCUCUCUCCUUACUCCUACACUUUGAGGAGCACAGGGCCAGAUGAUGUGUAUAUAAAGGUUAUAUGCUGUGGAAUCUGCCAUACUGAUAUCCACCAGAUUAAAAAUGAUCUUGGAAUGUCCAAUUAUCCUAUGGUUCCUGGACACGAGGUGGUAGGUGAAGUGGUUGAAGUGGGAUCAGAUGUGAGCAAGUUCACCGUAGGAGAUGUGGUCGGAGUCGGCGUUAUCGUAGGAUGCUGCGGUAGCUGCAAACCCUGCAGCUCAGAUCUUGAACAGUACUGUAACAAGAGAAUCUGGAGUUACAAUGAUGUCUACACCGACGGAAAACCAACUCAAGGUGGCUUCGCUGACACUAUGAUCGUCAAUCAGAAGUUUGUCGUGAAGAUCCCGGAAGGUAUGCCGGUGGAACAGGCUGCCCCGCUGCUCUGCGCGGGAGUAACUGUGUACAGUCCGUUGAGCCACUUCGGUCUAAUGUCAAGCGGGCUCAGAGGAGGGAUUCUAGGGUUAGGAGGAGUUGGGCACAUGGGUGUGAAGAUAGCUAAAGCAAUGGGACAUCACGUGACGGUGAUAAGCUCGUCAGAGAGGAAAAGAGAAGAAGCAAUGGAUCAUCUAGGAGCUGACGACUACGUAGUGAGCUCUGAUCAAGCAGAGAUGCAAAGGAUCGCAGAUUCUCUUGACUACAUCAUCGAUACCGUACCGGUGUUUCACCCUCUGGAGCCUUACUUGGCUUGUCUUAAACUCGACGGGAAGUUGAUCCUCAUGGGUGUUAUUAACACUCCUCUUCAGUUCAUCACCCCUCUCGUCAUUCUUGGGAGGAAAGUGAUAUCAGGAAGCUUUAUUGGGAGCAUCAAAGAGACAGAGGAAGUGUUAGCUUUCUGCAAGGAGAAAGGGCUUACGUCGACAAUUGAAGUGGUGAAGAUUGAUGAGCUCAACACUGCGUUUGAGAGGCUUCACAAGAACGAUGUGCGUUACAGAUUUGUGGUUGAUGUUGCUGGAAGCAAUCUGGUCGAGGAGGCUGCAACAACUACAAAAUGAAAGAGUAACUAAAUAAUGUGAUAUGGGCCCUAAUAUGUUUGUGGUGUCUUGUUUUUCAAUGGUUCUGAACGAAUGCUUUGGUGUAUCAUUUAAUGUUUACUUUUGCUUCAAAUGUGAACUUUAUGUCAUGUCUUUUUCACUUAAAGAGAGAGAAUAAAUAUUAAUAUGAGCAUAUUUAUGUAUUUGAAGUUUCUUUUUUUUUCUGUCAAAACAAAAAGAAGUUUCUGUU